AUGCCCUCCGCCGUGGUCACAUCUCGUCCAGCUCCGCCCACACCAGAUGCGCGAGAGAACAUUCCGGCACCAAAGGGCCUCCCUAUACUGGGAAACCUGCUCGACCUGCAAGAUGAGGUGCCUCUCCACGCGAUUGAACGCAUGGUCGAUAUCCACGGGCCCAUAUUCAAAAUCACCAUUCUCGGCCAGGAACGCAUCACCAUCGCCAGUGCAGAGCUCUUGGAAGAACUAUGCGACGAAAAGCGCUUCUGGAAAACCCCCGGCGAUGCCCUGGCGUCUUUGAAGAGAAAAGGAGCGCCGCGAAGCGGACUAUUCUCUGCACCGAGCGAGGACUCCAUCGAUUGGCAGCUCGCUCAUCGAAUUCUCAUGCCAGCAUUUGGACCGCUCAGUAUCCAACAGAUGUUCGGCGAGAUGCACGACAUUGCAAGCCAGCUGGUCUUAAAGUGGGCACGAAAGGGCCCAAGCUAUCGAAUCCCCGUUACACUCGACUUCACACGACUCACCCUGGACACAAUUGCCCUGUGUGGGAUGGGAUAUCGCUUCAACUCGUUCUACCAAAACGAGAUGCAUCCAUAUGUCGACGCAAUGAAUACCACGCUCUCUGCAUCCUCGGAUCGACUGAAAGUCGGCUCGCUAGUACGCAAAUUGCUGCCGUGGGACAAGUCCGCUCAACAGCUCGAAGAGGCCCGAGACUACAUGCGUGAGGUGGCGCACGAGCUUGUCCAAAACCGCAGAGACAACCCGACAGACAAGCAUGACCUGCUGAACGCCAUGAUCCACGGCAAAGAUCCCAAGACGGGAGAGACGAUGGACAACGACCUCAUCUCCGCCAACAUGACCACCUUUCUCGUUGCCGGGCAUGAAACAACCAGUGGCCUCUUGUCCUUUGCCAUGCUCAACCUCCUCAAGAAUCCGCAAACAUAUUUCAAAGCGCAGCAGGAAAUCGACCGGGUCGUGGGCCGCGAGAGGCUGACAAUUGACCAUCUCAAGGACCUGCAUUACAUAACUGCAGUCCUUCGAGAAACUCUUCGCCUGACGCCCACAGCCCCUGGCUUCUCCCGAAGCAUCCGCGGAGACAAUCCCAAUGAUGUCGAGCCCUUGCUCGGUGGCAAGUAUGCCAUCAGGCGAAGCGACCAGGUGUUGUGUCUCAUUGGCAAAGCACAGCGGGAUCCGAAAGUAUACGGAGAAGACACGAACGAUUUCAAUCCAGACCGCAUGCUUGAAGAAAACUUUCAACGCUUACCAGCGGGAGCAUGGAAAGCCUUUGGCACCGGCAUUCGCGCUUGUAUCGGCCGGGCGUUCGCCUGGCAAGAGGCGCAAAUGGUCCUCGCGUUGAUGCUGCAAACAUUCAACUUUAGCUUGGACGACCCGCAAUACCAGAUGAGGAUCAAACAAACGCUGACCAUCAAGCCCGAGGGCUUUUACAUGCGUGCUACUCUUCGCGAAGGUAUCACGCCUACCAGCUUGCAGCACUUCCUCACUGGUGGGCAGACGAAUGAAGAUGUGGCCACCAACGGAAGCGUCUCUGCGAUCAAGGGCGCUGGCAGCAGUGGAAAGCCAUUCACGGUGAUUUACGGAUCGAAUACGGGGACAUGUCAAUCUCUUGCGCAGAAACUCAGCAUCGAGGCACACCACCAUGGCUUUUCGGCACAGGUGAAAGAGAUGAACUCCGCAGUUGGUGCCCUCCCGAAAGACCGACCCGUCAUUAUUAUCGCGGCGAGUUAUGAAGGACAACCGACUGACAACGCCAAUCAGUUCAUUGCUUGGCUUGAAUCGGCGAAGAACACAUCAAACCUCGAUGGCGUGGAGUAUGCCGUAUUUGGAUGCGGUCACAGCGAUUGGAAGAGUACCUUUCACCGAAUACCGAAACUCGUGGAUGACCUGAUGCAGAAGUCGGGAGGACAACGUAUUGCGGAACGAGGCCUCACGGACGCUGCUAACAACCGCAUCUUCUCCGACUUCGAGAGCUGGAUGGACGGCAUUCUGUGGCCAGCCUUGGCUCCGCACGUUGACACAAAGGCGGUCGCGCUUCCCGCGUUAGAGAUGCAAGUAGCCGCCCAGGACCGCACGACGUACCUGAGACAAGAUCUACAGAAAGGUACUGUCGUGGACGCACGCAUACUCACUGCACCCAGCGAACCCGAGAAGCGGCAUCUGGAGGUGAAGCUUCCUCAAGGUCAAAGCUAUAGCACUGGCGAUUACCUGGCCAUCCUUCCAUUUACUCCAGCCGACAGUGUUAGGAGAGCGAUGAAAAACUUCAACAUUGCGUCUGGCGCUACAAUCACAAUCAAGCCUGGCUCGGCAACAUUCCUCCCAACGGGAGUGACGAUUUCCGCUGCGGACCUUCUCCGAGGAUAUGUCGAGCUCGGGCAGCCAGUGACCAAGAAGGAUCUGCGAGCAUGUGCUGCCGCCGCUCAAGAUGCGGAACAGAAGUCGCGGCUGGAGUCAAUGCUCAAUCAGGCUGGACCAGGAGGAAUCACCGAGCUCCGACUGAGUGUACUUGACAUCCUCGACCAAUACCCAUCGAUCGAAAUGCCAUUCAGUACCUUCGUCUCCAUGCUGCCUCCACUGCGGCCUCGACACUACUCCAUCUCAUCCUCGCCCUUGCACGAUCCAGAAAAGUGCACAAUCACAUACAGCAUCAUCGACGAAGCUUCCAAUGCCGGAGCGGGCAGGUUCAUCGGCGUCACGUCAAACUACUUGUCAUCACUGCGAGCCGGUGACGAGGUCCUGGUUUCCGUCCGAGCGACCAACAAGUUCUUCCGUCUGCCGACAGAUCCCGAUUCCUGCCCAAUCCUUCUGUUCGGGGCUGGUACUGGAUAUGCACCCUUCCGCGGCUUCCUUCAGGAGCGUGCUGUUCAAAAGGCAGCAGGACGGACCCUGGCGCCGGCACUGCUGUUCUUGGGUUGCCGCUCCCAGACCAAAGACCGUCUGUACGCUGACGAGAUUGAUGCCUGGAUCAAAGAUGGAGUAGUGGACGUGAAAUACGCUUUCUCACGCGAGCCGGAGAACUCCAAGGGCUGCAAGUAUGUUCAAGACCGCAUGCUGGAGGACAAAGACGACGUGCUGCGCAUGUGGCGAGCGGGGGCUAAAGUUUUCGUGUGUGGAGGGCCAGAGGUGUCGACGGGGAUAGGAGGUGCUGCAAAACACCUGUUGAUGCAGAGCGGGACGAAUAAUGGGCAGGUGAUGACGGAAGAAGAGGUGGAAGAAUGGUUUGGAGAGAGGCGGAAUGAGCGAUAUGUGGUGGAUGUGUUUGCUUAG